UCAACAUUCAAUUUUUCUGUCUAUGUCACCUCAAAGAAGUACACCACUACGAUCAACAGUAUCUUAUUGGCAAGGCUGCCAGUUGAUUUCUAAUCGAAACCAAUAUGAAAGCCAUAGUUAUCAUUAUUUUGAAACUCUACUUCGUCAAAACCAUCAUCGCUCUGAAACUCCACCUUACCGAAAUAAUCAUCACUUUGUAACUCCACCUUGCAGAAAUCAAUAUCAUUCCAACAUACCACCUAACCCUAAUCUGAAACUUCAAAUCAGAAUGUUAAUAGAAAUUAUCAAGAUGCCGGGAGUCAUAGUUGAAGAUCUAUUUCACCAGCAAACGAAC